UAUAAUUUUAGUUGUUUACUAAUGUAUUUGUUUCUUUUCUUUCUCUUUUUUUUUUUUUAAUUUUAUUUAUUUGUUAUUAGUAUUAUUUUUUUUUCAUAUUUGUAUUUUUCUUUAUAAAAAGGCUGAAUUAUUUAUUGUUAAAUCAAAAAUUAGUAUGCAAGUUACUAAAAUUCAAUAUAUUUUUUUCUGUAUCUAUAUAAAAAGAAAAUCAAAUUAACAUUUUAUUUUACGUUAUACCUUGUGUCAGGUCAAUACACGAUGUUACUCUUAUCAGCGUGACCCUUUGUUUACGCUAAGUGAGGAUCAAGAUGAACGUGGAGAAACGUUUUCAGAAAAAAUUUAGGGAAAAGAAGGAAAAAAGCUAUAAAAAAUUCACAGGCAACAGAGAAGAAGGACAGGGAUUUGCCGAUAAAAGGAAGAAGAAAAUAGAACACGAAUAUCGUAAAUUAUUGAGGAAAGAGAAACGCUCGGACAAUGACCGCAGAAAACACGUCUCUGUUCUGGAAGAAUUGUCUGAUGAAGCUACAGGGUCGACAGAUGUAACUGAAGCCAAACAAAGGUCUAUACAGAAGCCCAUUGGAACAUACACAAAGGCACACCAUGAAUACAAGCAGAGAAAGAAAGAGAAAGAGAGGAAAAAAAAGGAGGCAUUGAAGAAAAAACAGUCAAUAGAUACAGCUAUGGAGAAAUACAACAAGAAAAAGCAGUCUGAUUACAAACUUCUGUGUAAAAGAACUAGUCGAGGGCAGCCCGUGAUGAAGCAUCAGAUUGAAUACUUGUUAGAAAAAAUCAAGAAACAAAAAACAUGAGUAAAUGUCAGGCGAGUGAUCUCACUAGGGCUGCAAACAUAUUCAGUCCUAGAAAAAUGUAUUCUUCGACAGGGAAAGUAAUUUGAUGCAAAUUUGGAUCACAGAUCACAAGAAACUCAUGCAAAGGAAAUUACCUAGUGUAUUGCUUCCUGUUAUGGAGAUCUAUGAUCCAUGGUGAUCAUUUCAUUUUGCUAAAACACUCCAACAUGGGUAAUACGAUAGGUAUGCUUAUAAAGCAUUUAGACUCUUGAAACUUUUGAAGAAAAACUUGAGCUAUCUGUAACCUUCUUAUUAUUAUAUAUUAUUGCUCAAGUGAUACAUGUGACUACUGUAUAUGUUUGUAUGACAUGGCACAUCGUUAUAAACCAUCGUAUAGAUGGAGACUAAUCAUGUAACAGUUUCACGAAUUUUAAAGGCAUGGUAAUAUCUAAAUACACGAAGGAGUUGUACAAGUUUGAAAGUAUUUUCUUACUACUUGUAGUUAUCCAUGUUCAAUCAAGUGUGUACGGGGAUGUCAGUAAUAUAAAUAGAUUAUCCACUUAAAUGUCAAUAAUAUAGAUAGAUUAUCCUUAAACGCUGUGUUUCAUUGUGAUUUGAUAUACCAUCUUUUCUGAAAAUGAGAAUUUCUACACACACAUACACACGCACGCACGCACGCACGCACAGUUAUUAUACCUCCCGAACGAAGUUCUGGGGGGUAUAUAGGAAUCACUCUGUCUGUCUGUCCGUCCGUCCGUCCGUCUGUCUGUCUGUCUUUGCAGAUUCGUGUCCGGGCCAUAACUUCUUUGUUCUUUUGACUUAGGCAUACCAUAUUUGGCACACAGAUAGAUCACCAUGAGACGAUGUGUCGAGUACCUUCAUUAUCUCUAUAUGACCUUGACCCUUGACCUCAAGGUCAAAAUUAAAGGUUUCUUACAAUGGAUUUGUGUCCGGGCCAUAAUUUCUUUAUUCUUUGACAUAGGCAUACCAUAUUUGACAUAUGUGUGUAUCACCAUGAGACAAUGUGUCAUGUACCUUCAUGACCUCCAUAUGACCUUGACCUCAAGGUCAAAAUUAAGGGUUUUUACAGUGGAUUCUUGUCAGGGCCAUGACUUCUUUGUUCUUUGACAUAGGCAUAUCAUAUUUGACGCAUGAAUGUAUCACCAUGAGACGAUGUGUUGAGUACCUUCAUGACCUCUAUAUGACCUUGAACUUUGACCUCAAGGUCAAAAUUGAUUAUAGGGUUUUGACAUAGUCAUACCAUAAGACAUGGGUGUAUCACCAUGAUACUAUGUGUCAUAUACAUUCAUGACCUCUUUAUGACCUUGACCUUUGAUCUCAAGGUCAAAAUUAAAGGUUUAUGCCAUGGAUUUGUGUUCGGACUAUAUCUUCCAUUUUCUUCUACAAACUCAUACCAUAUUUUUGCACUCAGGAAAGAGGUAAUUUAUACCUAUUAACAACACCCUUUGGGAGAUUGGGGUAAGCGGAGGGGGUGGUGGGGGGGGGGGGAUUCUUAGUGAGAAUUGCUCACAGUACAUCUUGUUACACAUAACAUGGUAUUACUAUAUACUGGCUUUUAUGAAUUGAAAUACAUGUAGUUGAACAGAAUGUCUGUAUAAAAAAAUCAAAACAGUAGUUUAAUUUAAUUUCAACACUAGAUAAAAGCGAAUGAAUUUAAAUUUUGAAAAGAAGACAUCAGAAAUGGCUAAAAUUGAUCAUUUUUGUUUGAAAUGUUCACCUGAAAGGGUGGGUGGGUGGUUUAACCCUUAUAACCCCCUAUUCUAGAUCCGCUACUGUUGGGUUUGGCCUAAGAACCAAGUCACAGUCAGAGAUUUAGAGAUUUCUGGGGUUGACCAGGGAACAGUCAGAUUUCUGGGGUUGUCACGGGAACGGAUUUAGGUUCUGGUUCUUCAUUACUGUUAGGUAAUUCUAAUUAAAUUUCGAGAUUUAUGACAAAACAUUUCAUAUAUGUUUAAAAUAUUGAAAGUUACUUGAUUCAUUCAACACUCUAUUUCAAGCUCGUGGAUGGCAUCUCGAAUUAACAACCUAUAUAUUAUGAUAUUAGAAAAAUGGACUGAAAAUAGAUUUUAUACUUGAAAGUGUUGAAUAAAAUGUAUGAAUGGAAAAUUGUUAAUCGUUAAUUUGUAAUGCUUGACACGUGUUUAUGUACGUGUGAACGUUGAAGGGUGUACUUCCUGUAGUGAUGAACAGUCUUUACAUCCCCGCGUGAUGGAGUUAUUUUUUGGUGUCUAUCUUGUUACUAUACACUCUCGUGGUCUUGUUAUAUCUGGUGAUUUGUUAUACGAGACAUUGAAUAAUGAGACAUAUAGGAUUGUGUAAUGUAUCGUGAUCCAAGCGCGUAUCUUGAGAGAAAAAUGUGGCCUCUUAAUCAUUUCUGUUUAUCGAUAUUGAUACUGAAGAAGUGGUGAUAAUUUUUAUACAUCUGUAAUUCAAGGAUCUUGUUUUAACAGUUUUAUUAGGCCAAUUAAAUGUGAUAAUUACAUGUCGUAUUAAACAGUAAAGGAUAAAAUUAUGCGUAUCAGACUGGGCUUCGAACCCAUGACCCUUGAAUUUCUGGUCAGGUAUUCCUAAAUCGCAAUACUUGUAAUGAAAAUAAAGGUUGAUGCUCGUAGUUAAAUAACUUCUUUUUAGACGGAUGGAUAUAUUUUGGUUCGAUCUUUGUUAUUGAUUUGAUUUAACUAAAGAAUGACUGAAGCUCAGACAUGGGAAGAGAGACAACCAAGUCCUGUAAAUUUUUUAUAUUCAUAUACAUUCCGAUAAAAGUUACAAGAAAGAAGCUUUCAACGACAUGUAACUGUCUGUGGAAAGGUUCCAAAUUUAAAGGUUUUUCUGAAACGCGUAACAAGUGUUUUAAGUGUAUCUCCAUGAUUCCUCUCCUGAUUUUUUCGUUAUUUACACUGUACUGAGUUUACUCUCUGAAACACUUGAUUAGUUUUUUCGUUAAUAUCUCCUUAAUUCCUUUCCUGACCUUUUCGUUAAUUACACUGUACACAAUCGGAUUUGUGGCAUGUCCCAGAAAGAAAAAGUAUCGAAAUACCAGAAAGUCAUACACAUUGAAAAUGGCGAAGAAAAAUGGAACCCAGCAGACAAGAUAAAUGAAAGUACACGCGAACAUCAUGGUCCAUGUUUUUGUCCGAACAUAUGAUGUCGUUUUAGAAAAACGGAGUAUUUUCUUGUGGGUUCUUUGAGCACGAUUUCUCCUGGCUUGGUUAGUAUUUACGUCUCCUUGAGAUGUAGCUGAGGAAUCAUGAAUUGUCGAUUCUGCUUCGUUGUCCACACUUGAUUGUGGAGCUGUAGAUCCUCCUCCCAUGUUGUUCAUAGGAAUGAUGUCUGGGUUAGAUUGAGUGCUGUUAUUCUCCCUCCUCGGAGUUUGUCGAUUUUCUUGCCGCUGACCCGUAGAAAAGGACAUGGAACGACGAAGCCGUCUUCUAUUGCAGUAAAGAAUUACGUAUAUGAUGACGUAGAAGACAAUCAGCAGCAGAAGUUCAGUCGCUAUCAUAAAGGAGAGAAAAUCGCGGUAAAUCUUACUGCCAGUACCGCCCAGCUUAGACGAAGUAUAACGACAGUAUUUCUCUGUACGUUCAUUUCGGACUGUCGUGUUGUGUAUACCAUUCUCUGGAGAGUAGUGAUGGUCGUGUGACUCCACUUCAAAUAUCAGAGCCGCUGGAACUGCAGAUAUUGUAGAUACCGUCAGCAAACACAGAAUUAAGGCAGUUUUCAUUUGUGAGGAAACUACAUUCCUCAUUGGUUUCCACACCAUCAGCAGACGUUCACCGGCUAUUAAUAUGAGAAUCAAAUUCGAAAAUCCAAUCGAUGCAUGACGUAUUAUCUCCAUUCCAUGACAUAUGCCAUCAUUAGUUAUCAUUUUGAAUUCAAACAUCGCUGAAUACGGAAUAAUGAGAACAUUGAUAAUUAAAUCUACCACAGACAGAGUUAAAAUGUAUUUGCGAAUUGCAAAAGAAUGUUUCUUAACAAAAUAUACCGCAAUGAUAAGAGUAUUCCCUAUAAUUCCACACAGGGCAGUUACGGACACAAACACAGCAAAGGAAAUCUGAUCCGCUUCCAUUUUUUCUAUGGCAACACGGUAUGCCUUCACAGAGAUGCCUUUACAAAUU